CCAUAAGUCAGACACCUUCUUCCUCUGUGGGUUCUCCAAGAAGUACAAAUUCAUCUGUAGAAGGGGGAAAAGAAGUGAGCCGUCACCAUGAGUACGGACGCGGAGAUGCAAAUCUACGGCAAGGCUGCCAUAUACCUCCGUAAGCCUGAGAAGGAGAGGAUGGAGGCACAAACCGCACCGUUUGAUUCAAAGAACGCCUGCUAUGUGGCAGACACCAAGGAGCUGUACCUUAAGGGUCUGGUCACUGCAAGGGCUGAUGGGAAGUGUACUGUAACAGUCACGCAUCCUGACGGCACUAAGGACGAAGGAAAAGAGUUCAAAGAAGCAGACGUCUACCAGAUGAACCCCCCUAAGUACGACAAGAUUGAGGACAUGGCCAUGAUGACCUACCUGAAUGAAGCCUCUGUGUUGUAUAACCUCAAAGAGCGUUAUGCAGCAUGGAUGAUCUAUACCUACUCUGGGCUCUUCUGUGCCACGGUGAACCCCUACAAGUGGCUUCCCGUGUACGACAUGGAGGUUGUCAAUGCCUACAGAGGGAAGAAGAGGAUGGAGGCUCCACCCCAUAUCUUCUCCGUCUCUGACAACGCCUUUCAGUUCAUGCAGAUUGACCAGGAGAACCAGUCCGUCCUGAUUACUGGAGAAUCCGGUGCAGGAAAGACUGUCAACACCAAGCGUGUCAUCCAGUACUUCGCCACCAUUGCAGUUUCUGGUGUCAAGAAGGAAGUUGACCCCAGCAAAAUGCAGGGGUCUCUUGAGGAUCAGAUCAUUGCAGCUAACCCUCUGCUGGAGGCUUACGGUAAUGCCAAGACAGUUAGGAACGACAACUCAUCUCGCUUUGGUAAAUUCAUCAGGAUUCACUUCCAAGGUAGCAAACUGGCUAAAGCUGACAUUGAGACCUACCUGCUAGAGAAGUCCAGAGUGUCCUUCCAGCUUCCGGAUGAGAGAGGCUACCACAUCUUCUUCCAGAUGAUGACCAAUCACAAACCUGAUAUUAUUGAAAUGUCGCUCAUCACCACCAACCCCUACGACUUCCCCAUGUGCAGCCAGGGUCAGAUCACUGUGGCCAGCAUCAACGACAAGGAAGAGCUGGAUGCCACAGACGAUGCCAUUACAAUCCUGGGCUUCAGUAAUGAUGAGAAAAAUAGCAUCUACAAGCUGACAGGAGCUGUAUUGCACCAUGGCAACUUGAAAUUCAAGCAGAAACAGCGUGAGGAGCAGGCCGAGCCAGACGGCACAGAGGUGUCUGAUAAAAUCGGCUACCUGCUGGGCCUGAACUCAGCUGAGAUGCUGAAGGCUCUCUGCUACCCCAGAGUGAAGGUCGGCAACGAGUAUGUGACCAAGGGACAGACUGUGCCUCAGGUUAAUAACUCAGUCUCGGCUCUGGCCAAGUCCAUCUAUGAGAGGAUGUUCUUGUGGAUGGUCAUCCGUAUCAACGAGAUGUUGGACACCAAGAAUCCAAGGCAGUUCUAUAUCGGUGUGCUUGACAUUGCCGGGUUUGAGAUCUUUGAUUACAACAGCAUGGAGCAGCUGUGCAUCAACUUCACCAAUGAGAAACUGCAACAGUUUUUCAACCACACCAUGUUCGUCCUUGAACAAGAGGAGUACAAGAAGGAGGGAAUCGUCUGGGCCUUCAUUGACUUCGGCAUGGACUUGGCUGCCUGCAUUGAGCUUAUUGAGAAGCCAUUGGGAAUCUUCUCCAUCCUUGAAGAGGAGUGCAUGUUCCCCAAGUCUUCAGACACUACCUUCAAGGACAAGCUGUACGCCCAACAUCUUGGCAAAACCAAGGCGUUUGAGAAGCCCAAGCCUGCCAAAGGCAAGGCAGAGGCCCACUUCUCCCUGGUGCACUACGCCGGCACGGUGGACUACAACAUCACUGGCUGGCUGGAGAAGAACAAGGACCCCCUGAACGACUCAGUUCUUCAGCUGUAUGGGAAGUCCUCAGUCAAACUUAUGGCUACCCUGUAUGUCGCUGCCCCACCUGAGGGUAAGACUAGCAUCACAUCAAAAUAUUUAAUUUAGCAUUAGUUACA